AGUCGAGCCGAGAAGCGGGUCGGACCAGGUUCCGCCAUGAGGGACUACGAUGCCAGCGUGGCCUUCCUGGGAGAGUGGGGGCGCUUCCAGCUGAUGGUCUUCUUCAUGCUCUGUUCCACCAUCUUGCCCAACGGACUGAACUCCUUCUCCCUGGUCUUCGUCACGGACACACCCAAACACCGCUGCCUGGUCCCCGAGGUCAACCUCAGCCAAGCCUGGAAGGAAGCUGUGAUCCCAAUAGAGGAGGUCAACGGGGAGCUGGAGAGGAGCCAAUGCCGCAGGUACAGACUGGAUGUGGUCCGCAACCUCUCUGACAUGGGUCUGGUUCCCGGGCAGGACGUCAACCUGAGCAGCCUGGAGCAGGAGGACUGCGUGGACGGCUGGAGCUACAGCAGCGAACGCUACCAGUCCACCGUGGUCUCUGAGUUUGACCUGGUUUGCAAUGAGAGCUGGAAGCAGCCGUUCACCUCCACCGUUUUCUUCCUGGGAGUUCUUGUGGGGUCCUUCUUCUCGGGGGUGCUCUCAGACAGGUUUGGCCGUAAGCCGGUUCUGUUUGCAACCAUGGCGGUUCAGGCCGUGUUCAACCUGGCUCAGAUCGCCUCGCCCUCCUGGGAGGUGCUCUGUGUGUUUUUUUUUUGCAGUGGAUUGGGAAACAUCUCCAAUUACAUCUCCUGCUAUGUGCUGGGCACAGAAAUCUUAACGGGCAAGGCUCGAGUGGCGUACGCAUCGAUGGGCGUGUGCAUUGGCUUCGCCUUGGGCUACAUGAUGCUGCCCCUCGUGGCUUACUUCCUCAGGAGCUGGAUGAACCUGACAGUGGCAAUCGCAGUGCCUGCCGUGUUCUACAUCCCCCUCUGGUGGGUCCUCCCAGAGUCUCCGAUGUGGUUGUUGUCUCAAGGACGAGUGGCGGAGGCCGAGACCAUUGUGAGGAGAGCUGCAAAGAUGAACAGAGUGGAAGCUCCGGAGAAAAUCUUUACCGAUUACCUGAUACAUGCAAACACACCCGAGGCAAAGUCUGUGCAGCGCUACACUUUCCUUGACCUGCUGAGGAGAAGAAGCAUCGCAGCAACAACAAUCAUUCUGUGCUUUGUGUGGUUCACACUGAGUAUCUGCUACUUUGGCCUGUCCUUGAACACAUCACGACUCCACUCGGACCCGUACAUCAGCUGCUUCCUGUCUGCCGUGGUGGAGGUGCCAGCGUACAGCAGCACCUGCUUGGCCGUGCGCUUCCUACCUCGACGCGUGGCCGUCAUCCUGGUCUUCCUGGUCGUGGCCUUGUCGCUCUUCUUCAUUCAGCUGGUACCUCAAAGUGUAUUAGGGGUGGCCGUAGCCUUGGAGAUGCUGGGUAAAUUUGCAGUGACCGCCGGCACGUCGCUUCUCUUUGCCUUCACCGCUGAGCUCUACCCAACCGGCCUGAGGAACACGGCAUCUGGGACGUGCGUCAUGGUUUCCAGGACGGGAAGCUGCAUUGCACCAUUUCUGCUGCAACUAAAUGUCUACUUCAAGUAUCUGUCAUACGUCACCUUUGGGUCUCUGGCCAUGGUGUCCGCCUUUGUCACGCUCUUCCUACCAGAGAGUUUUAGGCGCCCUCUACCUGAGACCAUCCAGCAAAUGCACAAGAGACAAAGCCUGAUGCGUCCAUGCAUCACAAGAAGAAAAACCUCCAAAUGCGUGACGGUCUUGUGAAGCCUGUGAUCAUUUAAAUGCUAAAAUCAGUCUGCAGUAGACGGCAUCAUUUCAAGGACUGAUAUGUUUUAUUUGUCUUCUACAUUUCUCAUAGAAAAUAAAGAAUUUAAAAAGAAUAAUAAUGUGGUAAUAGUGAGUCAUUGGAUUUGUUUCUACAUCACGUCAUUAAAAGUCCCUGUUGAUGAUAUCCACUAAUGAUACUCAUUUUAGUGAUUCCUCGUGUAAAUGCUCCUGUUGUUCUGCCUGCACAUCCUGGGACUUCUUCUCAGUCGCAUUCUCUUCUUCUUUGGUGUGCGUGAGUUUAUAGACAUUCUUCCGACAGCAUCUACAAGACAAAUGAAGAGUCAUCUUGGCUACGUCACACUGCAGGGUAUGAUUCCCAAUUCAGAUUUUUUUUAUUGAAAUCAGAUUUAUUAUGUGGUCGUUCACAUUACCAAAAAAAUGCAACUUGUCAAUGUGAACGCAAAGCGUCCGGGAAGUGACAUGCAUGCACAA